CAUUUUUUUUGUGUGGUUGAUAUUAUAAACUGUGCUGUGGUCAUGCAAAUUGGAGCUGAUCUUGUGGCAAAUUUUUCCUUCUUUUACAAUAAAUGGAGCUGGUGUGCUUGGGCUGUUGCUCUGAAACAAGCGUACGACAAGAAUCAAAUUGCACCCAAUUGACCUCAAACAAUAGUGAUCUGAGCGAAUCUUAUUUCAGAUUGCUAAUUUAAUAAUGUGCCAUUAAACAAAGAUCACCAAAUCUGUACUCCUCUCUCUUUCUUACCUUGAGAAAUCUCGUGUGUGGGUUCACCUCUUGUGAAGUCAAUGCACCGGCUCUGUGUUCUUCUUCCUCUGCUUCUUCUUCUUCUAUCAUCAUCUUCUGCCUUUGGAAUGGAUCUGAGGCUCUCUGUACUCUUGUGCCGAUGCUGAAGGAGUGAGAGUUUGGUUGGUCAGCCUCUGAGAAAGGGCAUUCAAAGAAGUUUAAGAAUAUGCCUCGAGACAGUCGGAGAUCAAUUGGGUAUAGGUCCUUUGUCACAUGCGAUGAUACGAAGGGAGUUGUAGAAUGUGGGACAAUCAGAAGAUCCAAGACCAGUUCUCAGAAGAUGGAGCAGAGUAUCGAAAGACGAACCAUAAUAAAACACUCGAAUAAGUCCUCGGCACACAAGACAGAGAGGGAAGAACUGGUCAUGAGACAGACUGCUGAAGAAUCUGGAGGACGAACCUCCUAUCAGCUGUUAGAGGUGUCCAAGGGAGCUCAGAAGCUGAAUAAGAUGAUAGAAACAUGGUCAAAGGGGCUAAACUUUGAUGGGCAGUACAAAGAUAACAUUGCCAACGACUUGUUGAAAGGAGCUCUUGAUCUGCAGGAGUCUCUGGCAAUGUUUGGGAAGUUGCAAGCGGCUACGAAAUAUGUGGCUCGGUUGAAGCAAAAACAGGAGAAGUCCAAGGGUGUAAGAGGAGAUGAGAUGGGGUUUGGGAAAACGAAGUCUGAUCCAUUUGAAGAUCGAAAUCGAUUCCCGGGAUUUCAGAAACCACAGCUCUUGGGUGAUGGAUCUUCAGAAAGGCAUAUUGAAGAGCUCAGGAAAGUGAUAAGAGAGAGCUUUGCUAGGCAAAAUCUGCUGCCGAGACCUAUGUAUGGAGGGGAGGAUUAUUUUCAUCGACAAAACACUGAUUCGGUUUCUAGUAUGCCCUCUUCUAGCUCGAGCCAUUCUUUGACAGUUCACAAUGACAAUCUUGAUUUUGUUAAUUCCUCAUUUCCAUAUGUGACGUCACGGGAAAAGGCGAAAGUCCCAGGUGUCGUUGCCAAGCUCAUGGGUUUGGAAGAGUACCCUGUCAAAUUAGCCCAGAGCCCUCCAUGGGAAAGGUUGGAUCCCCAGAAGUCUUCUCUUCUGGAGAGGCCUGUUUUCGAUGUAGUUAUUCCGAAGAUGAAGAAGCCUGAGAAUGAAUUUCAAAAAGAUACGGCGCAGAGGACACUCAGAGAAAUAGUUGAUACCAUGCAACUUAAAGGGCUUUUGAGAAGUAAUUCUUCUAGAAAAAUGAAAUCUCUUUCGCAGCUUUUCGAUGAAUGUGAUUCUGAGGAGCAGCCUGUAAUUGAUGUUCCUCCUAUCGUGCUCAUAAAGCCUUUCAGCUUACCGCACUCAGAAGCAAAGGAGCACCUUUCGCAGAGAGACGGAGUCUUGAACCGACAAUUAAUACUCAAGACAAUGAAAUUGAAAGAGGAAUAUGCCUCAAAAUCAAUGGAUCCUAAAGGAGGGGCUGGGAAUUGUGAAAAGACAAAAACUGUGGAAGAAGAGGAAGACACUUCAGUCACUAGGCCUACCCAGCAAGGAGGAGAAAAGAAAUUCAAGGAGGACGAUAAUAAAUCAACCAAGGAAAAAAUAUUAGGAAAAAGUUCAAAGAAGACGAAACUACCUGCCCCUGCAAGCAAGCAACCACUUAAAAAAGAGGCAAUUGGCAGGAGACCCAGUGAAAAUGAAAAGGUAAUGAAGAAGGAGGUUUCAAAGUCUAGAGAAGCUCAGGAUACUACUACCAAGGUCACCAGUGCAAAGCUUGUGAAUCCUGUAACUGAAGUAAACAGAAAGAAGAAUAAAUCUCCUCAACAUGGUACUAACUUGAAGAACAAAUCAAAACCUGUUACGCACGUUUUGCCCUGCAACCAGGACGAUCUAAAAAGUGUUCAGACUCGGAGGGCAAAGGAAAAGCCAGCGAGGGAGAAGAAAGUGCUCAGAACAUCCAAGAUAAAUGACAGAGAAUGUAAAGACCACGGAGGGAAGACUGAUCUUAGCACCGAAACCCAAUUUGUUCAGAUUGAAGCUAUCUCUACUCAUGUGGAUCAACAAACUAUCCCGGAGAACGCAAAUGGCUCGGAUUUAGAGACCGGAGAGGAUUUCAGCAAUGGCCGGAAUAUUGAUACGCUUCCAACCCUCCAACAUGAAAGAGACACUGGUUUAGCUACAAAAGCCUGUGAUCACAUCCCGCAAAGUGAAAAUGAGGAGAGCUACAAAAGAAGAUGUUACGUAAAAGCUAUCCUAUUGAACGACCCAUCAUUUCUUGCUCAUGCAGAGGAGCUCUUUGAAUUCGCGCAAUGCCCAACGGUCGUUGAGGACUUUGUAAAGUCCUAUUCUGGAUCAGCUAAUGAGAGACUCUAUUUGGAUUUCGCGAAAGAACUCAUUGACCGCAAAAGCCUUCAGGCUUGCCAAAAGUCUUAUUUCCUCUUAAUAACCCUUCAAGGGACCUCCAGGAUUUGCAUCUCUAUGGACAAGCUGUUGGAAGAGAUUUGUGAUGGAAUCGACUAUCUGAGCGACUGUUGUGAGUUUGCCUCUGCUAAUCUUUCCGUGGAUGGCCUCUACGCAGUGUUGAACAGAGAUAUAUGGAGCAUAGGCAAGGCAAACGGAACAUGGGAAUCGGGAUGGAGGAGCGGAUACUCCUUGCAUGAUGCCGAACAGGUUGUUAACGACAUCGAAAAGGUUCUUUUCAAUUGGUUGAUCGAGGAAGCGGUCGCAGAACUCGGCAAUUUCCAUUGUGAGUGAAAAUUUGAUAGGACGGUCUCAGUCCUUUCUUUUAGAAUAUUUUCUCUGGUGAAGCUUCCCAAGAGCGUGAUCUUCAAUUCUACAAUGAUGCUGAAAUCGAGUAAGUUUGGUCUCUUGAAACCAAAAAACAAAGGGAGGACGAGGAUAUAUAGAUAUGCGCUGAGAGGAUUCAGAGUCCUCCGCCUUUGGUCUUUUGCAGAGCAUUCGAAUGUAGCAUUGCUUGUAAAUGGAUAUAUCCUUGUAUGCAUAUGUUACCGUAAAAAUGGAGGGAAAAAGAAACAAGAGAGUCUGAGAAGAGUCAUGGAUACGUGAAGCUAACCAUUUAGGAUUUAGCCCACCAUGGGAUGGCAAAAACAGGUGAGGUUUCUUCUAUUUGGGUUUCUGGUCCAGGUGAGUUUUAUAUGGAUGCUAUCUGAUACCUCAAAGAAAUUCUAUCAGGUCAAAGUUUGCUCAA